CGAAUUCGGCAACUUUUAACUCGAAUCCGACGUUUCCACCGGAACAGACAUUUUAGACGGUUGAAGACGCGUCGGACCAUCGCCGGAGAAGAUUGAAGAGAACCCCAUCCCAAAAUGUUGCGACGACUACUUCUCCAAGCUCCCACUACUCGCCGCCUCGCCGCUGCCCGCUUCACUCCUCUUCUCCACCACCGUCCACUCUCUUCUUCUUCUUCUUCUUCCCAAAUCCCACACACUGACUCAGACCAACCCUCCUCCACCAUCUCCAUCGACCGCUCCGGCCUCUGCAACCCCACCGAGCACUCCCAUGAGCCGUGUUCCGACUCCGACCUCGUCAAGCACCUCAAGGGCAUCAUCAAGUUUCGCGGCGGCCCAAUCUCCGUGGCUGAGUACAUGGAGGAGGUUCUAACGAACCCCAAAGCCGGAUUCUACAUGAACCGUGACGUGUUUGGUGCCGGAGGUGACUUCAUCACCUCUCCGGAAGUGAGUCAGAUGUUUGGGGAGAUGGUUGGUGUGUGGACGAUGUCUCUGUGGGAGCAAAUGGGGCAGCCAGGGAGAGUGAACUUAGUGGAACUAGGUCCCGGGAGAGGGACUCUCAUGGCCGAUCUUCUUCGGGGUGCGUCGAAGUUUAAGAGUUUUACUGAGAGUUUGCAUGUGCACAUGGUGGAGUGCAGUCCUGCGUUAAGGAAGCUCCAGCACCAGGCCCUGAAGUGUGUAGAUGAAGAAGAUGGGGGUGACAUGGCUGAGAAAAGGAGUGUCAGCAGUUUGGCUAAUGCUCCUGUGUCGUGGCAUGCCACAUUGGGCCUGGUUCCUACAGGAGUGCCAUCUAUCAUCAUUGCCCAUGAGUUUUAUGAUGCUUUACCAGUUCAUCAAUUUCAGAGGGCUUCUCGUGGCUGGUGUGAGAAAAUGGUGGAUGUUGCAGAAGAUUCAAAGUUCCGUUUUGUUCUUUCUUCACAGCCUACGCCAGCAACACUUUAUCUGGCAAAACGAUGCAAAUGGGCUGGAAUGGAAGAAAUAAAGAAGCUUGAUCACGUUGAGGUGUGCCCAGCAUCAAUGGAGUUGACUCAAAGUAUCGCCGAUAGAAUUGCUUCUGACGGGGGUGGUGCUCUUGUAAUCGAUUAUGGUCAGAACGGAGUAGUCUCUGAUAGUCUGCAGGCAAUUAGAAAACAUAAAUUUGUUGACAUUCUAGACAAUCCAGGAUCUGCUGAUCUCAGUGCCUACGUUGAUUUUGCUUCCAUCAGGCACUCAGCCGAGGAAGCUUCAGGAGAUGUCUCUGUUCAUGGCCCUAUUACCCAGUCUCAGUUCCUUGGUUCUCUCGGGAUAAAUUUCCGAGUGGAAGCAUUAUUACAAAACUGCACAGAGCAACAAUUCGAAUCUCUCAGGUCAGGGUACUGGCAACUGGUCGGAGAAGGUGAGGCUCCCUUCUGGGAGGGUCCUGACGAUAAAGUUCCCAUUGGAAUGGGUACCCGCUACCUGGUAAUGGCUAUUGUGAACAAGAAGCAAGGUGUCCCAGUUCCAUUUUAGUGACUUCAAGAAAUGCAGCAUUUUAGUGACUUGUACAAUAUACAAACUACAGCAACUCCCAAGUUUUGGUUUUU